AUGCGAUGUCGCUUAAAAAGAGCUCGAGAUCAAGUCAUGAUGGUUGCAAAUGCAAUUGAUAAACUGUUCUCAAAAGGGGAUCCAAUUGCCAUAGACAUGCCGAUGACAACUACUGCAGUGAUCAUAUACCUUGGAAUCAUCCUUGCAGGGUGUAUAGUUGUAUCAGUAGCUGAUAGCUUUGCAGCGAAGGAAAUUGCAGUUCGCCUGAGCAUAUCAAAAGCAAAGGGAAUAUUUACUCAGGAUUUUAUUGUAAGAGGAGGAAGAAAAUUUCCACUUUACAGGUAAGAUAUGUGA